CGCCAAUGCCGGGCCGUGUCAUGGCGCGACGAGAGUGCUUGUGGUGAAACUCGAAGCAUCACUCGUAGCAUCACUCGAUGCAAUCAAUCAGGAGCUGGGCUGUGGAAGCGUCGUCAGCGCCAAGCUACGAGCAUGUUUGGAGAUUUAUGGCUGAGGGCGCGGUUGCGAUUAGAUGAGAGAUGAGACAGAUGUGCGACUCAUUCCUGGAGGGCGGCUUUUCCCUUUUUGUUGUUGUUUGGAGGUUGUUGUGUGUUGCGGGAGUUGAAAUGAACUGGGUGCAGAGAGAUACAGUGGGAUGCACAAAAUGGCAGGUACCUCGGCCAUGUACCGGUACCAGCAGCGGAACGGCGGGGCCAAGCCGGACUGGGACGCUCCCGGCUUCACAUCAGCAAUGCGACAAAGCAACGAGGUUAUUUGCGCAAGAAAAGGGCCUGUUGCCAGCAAAUAUUCCCCUGUGUUAGACCGAGAAUCGGCGAGCUGCUACUAAUAAAGACGUUUGGCAGAUGCGGUGCAGACGGAGAGUCAAAUACCC